CACUUCCAGCUUCUUCAAUAACAGCUGUGCAAACAUGGCCUCAUAUAUCACCGACAUUGCAGUGUCUCUUAAUCAGGCUGAGGAACAAAACCUGCAGGCCCGAGGUUUUAAGAAAAUUAAUGUCAGUCUGAACCCAGGUGGAAAUCCUGUACACAUCUGGUACAAAAAGAACCCUGAAGCAGACCCCAUCACCAGGAUUCAGGUCAGCUUUGAAGAUGGGAUGUGUGAUGGCCUGAUCAAUGCAGGGUACACCAAGGUUAACAGAAACCUGUCUACUGGAGGAGAGGUUUUCCUCUGGUACUUCAGCAGCAGCACUGAGUUUGACACAAACAUCGUCAGGUCUCGAUGUCUCCACCAACAUUGA